AUGCCGCCCGCGCGCGACGUCGCGGACGGUGAAUGCGUGCGCCUGUGGCGCACGACGGACGAGCGCAAGCGGUACGACGAUUUCGCGACGCUGUACGCGCUCGCGCGCGCGCUCGAGAAGCUCGAGCGGGCGUACGUGCGGUCGAGCGUCGACGCGAAGGCGUACGAGCGCGCGUGCGUGGACCUGACGAGCAAGUUUAAGACGCUGCGGAGCGUGCUGCGCGAUUCCGUGCCGGACCUCGAUCGAUUCUUGGAGACGUACGGGGCGAGGGUGCCGGCGGCGAGACGGAGGCUGGAGGCUGGGGUGCCGGCGACGGCGGAGCACGGAGGCGCGGCGAGAGGCACGGAGGCGGAGGGGAGGGCGGAGGCGCGCGCGGUGGCGGACGCGACGCAUUGUUUCAUAGGGGUGAUGGAUACGGUGAAGCUGGACAUGCGGGCGAAGGAUCAGGUGGCGCCGGCGCUCGGGGACUUGUUGCUGGCGCUGUGCAAGGUGAGUCGGUUGCCGAACGAUUUCGAGGGGACGAAGUGCGUGCGGAAGUGGGUUCUGAGACUAGAUGAGAUGCGCGCGUCGGAGGUUCUCGAGGAGGAGGAAACGAGAGAGUUUUUGUAUGAGAUUGAAAACGCAUACUCGACGUUUUUAGCGAGCCUCGGCGGAUAGCGCUCGAGACAAAUUUGUAGUUGUAAUGUACUCGGUGUCACCCUCAAGCGCCGGCGACGAGCAGACUGGCAGACUAUCUAUCAGACUAAACGAGCGGAGUGGAUUCAUCUUUGUCACCGCACGAUUGCACUUUGCGCGUUUCGGCCGAACGACGCUUCAAGAGACCGAAGAGGGCGACGAUGAGGGUUAAUAACACACCGCAUCCGACGACUCGAGCGACGCGGUUGCCGUCGAUGGAUACGACGCCCGAAGCGCUCUGCAGAGAGAAUCUAGCGUUGGCGUGGGGACAGUGGGCGAGUUCACCCGGAAUCUCGUCGAGGUUGGCGCUGGUGAAGUUCCCGACGAGGUAGGAGGCUGCGUAAUGAUCCUUGAAACAUCCCAGAAAGUGACAGACGCUCGCGCCGCGACUCGUCGCCUCCGCCUUUGACGCGCAAGGACUUCCAAUGUGGCACGCGUCGUGCUCGCGGAGAACGCCCGCGUUUGCGUAUUUCGGCAUGACGUAUCGGAUAAACGCCCCUUGUUCAUACUUACCCCCGCUGUACGCGCACGUCCCGUCGCGACUUUCGUCGUUGCACGUCCAACUUGUGUUGUCCGGGUUCAUUCGCCAGUUUUGUCUCGGGUACAGUUGAGCCCACGUGUCCAUGAUUUCCCGGCCUUUGGUGGAAUUAUUCACCCCCCAAACCCCGGCGUUAAAUUUUGCCACCCAAUUCAGCCCCACCGGACACGUCACCGCGGUAUGCCCAGCGUAAAAAAACUCCGCGCCGUUGAAGAGCUCGUCCGCCACAGCCGACACGCCCGCCCGCGUCGCGCCGUCGCACCUUCG